UAACGUAUUUUUUUGUGACUUUUGAAGAAUUUAUAUUAUUUCUUAAAAAGCACAUAAAGGCUUCAUAAUUCAUAAAGGUCAUGUUAGCUGACUCCUAUUAUCUCAUAUAAAAAAAAUAAGUAUAAGAUCUCCAAAAACCUGUGUUAACCUCGGACUUUAUUUUCGGCGUUUAUUCCUAAACCCUAUUCUCUUCACAUUCAUUUUCGCCAUAGGGAUGGCUGAACGAAUCAGACGUAACUCAUUUCCGGGUUGUAGAACUACAAAAGCAGGGUAAUGGUUAGAAGGGUUACGUUUUUGUCAGAAUUGACAUUUUGAAGCAGGUUUGGGAGAAUUGACGCAGCAGGUUAGGAGUGACAGGUUAGGAGAAUUAGGAAAAUAUUAGGAAAGGGUUAGCUAAAAUGCAAAAAUAAAUAAAUGCUUUUGACCUGAAUUGACAAAAGCUGGAUCCCAUCUAGAGAAAACACUCGCGAGUCAUCUGGAAGUAACUAUGUCCUGCGACAACCAGCAAGAAGACCAGUCGGCCUUGAAGGAGAGAAUAUGUACCUUUUUAAAGGUGAAGAAACAAGGAUCCACUGCCCUCCAGAUAGCUAAGGCUGUUGGACUGAAGAAGGCCAAGGAUGUAAACAGUGUCCUGUACGCUUUAAACAAAGCUGGACUUCUUGAUGUAACACCAGACAAACCACCAGUCUGGUCUGUGGAGAAACCAGGGGUGGCGUCAGUCUCUGUGAGUGUUCCAGAGUCAGAUCGAGUGCCUAGUCCUGAGACCCCUGGCAACACAUUGGAGGAACUGAGGAGGGUGCUGAUGUCACAGAGUGAUGGAAGAGGAAUGAGUGUGCAAGAAAUUGCCAGAGAAUUGGGCCAAACACGAAAAUUUGUGAAUAAGCAUCUUUAUGACCUGCAAAGUAGCGGCAAGGCAGAAAAGUUGGGAGAGAAAGUGUGGAAAAUGAAGGAUGAAGCAAGCUGUGGAGUAGAGCUUAUUAAAUACCAGAGUUAUGAUCAAGAUAUUUCCAUCAGACUGACUGAAAGCUCCAGGUUUUCCAAAGAUUUCAAAUUAUUGAGUGUUCUGGGUGCAGGAGGCUUUGGGUGUGUCACUAAAGCCCAACACAAAUUGGAUGGAAAAACGUACGCUGUGAAGAUUGUGAAGAAUAUGGGAGAAGCAAAUCGUGAAGUGAAAGCACUGGCUACCUUGGGACAUUCUAACAUCGUUCGCUACUAUACGACUUGGCCUGAGGAUGCCAAUUGGGUCGAUGGGGGCUACAGCACAGAGUCGUCGGUCCAGUCUAAAAUGUCAGAAGACUCUGACAAUUAUUCAGACCAGGGAGAUGGAUCUACACAUGUAACAAAGCAAUCAGAUUUAGACCUUUCUGAAACAGCCAGCGAAGACCAAGCAAACCACUCGAUGACCGAUUCCAGCUCAAGAAAUGGAGACUGGCCUUGUUUGUUCAUUCAGAUGGAGUUCUGUGAGGGAGGGACGCUGAAGGACUGGAUUAGCAAAAAUAAUGUUGGAACGAAGGACAAGGCACAUGGAAUAUUUCAGCAAAUAGUUUGUGGAGUGGAAUACAUCCACUCUGAAGGACUUAUUCACAGAGACUUAAAGCCAGAGAACAUAUUGUUUGGAAGUGAUGGCAUGGUGAAGAUUGGAGACUUUGGUCUUGUGACCACGAUCACCACUCCGAGUGGAGCAGCACUGUACAGGACUGUCAACAAAGGAACACCAAUUUACAUGAGCCCUGAGCAGACUGGGGGGAAAUAUGAUGAGAAAACGGAUAUAUUCUCUCUGGGACUGAUAUGGUUUGAACUCCUGUGGCACAUGUCCACUGUCUCGGAGAAGAUCACGGUGUUCCAGAGCCUGCAGACAAGGACAUUUCCUUCUGACUUCCGUGAGAAGUUUAUCUUAGAGCAUAACCUCAUCAGUAAAAUGCUGUCGGAGUCGCCAGCAAACCGACCAAACGCAGAAGAGAUCGCUGAGAGCCUGAAAAGAUACCUGCUCGGAAACCAAACUGAAAACAUACAGAAAACUGUAUGAAAUGUUGCAGGGUAGUGGCUUGAAAUGCUUUGGGGAAAACAGUGAAACAUGUUUCUAGAAAUGUUUGCUAAUAAAUUGAAAAUGAAAUAUCUAAUUGACAUAAGAAGUCACAGCCCUGAGUCAAUACAUUUUAGAAGCACCGAUUACAGCUGUGAGUCUCAGAGCUUCCAAUUGAUCAGACGUACGUAGCGUUUACCGUGAAUUCAGUCUCCGCGAUACGGAUGACUCGAGCUUUUAGCAGUCCCUUCAAGAUUUUGCGGAGAUUGUUGGUGAUAUUUGGUGAAAAAUGCUUGAUUUUGCGGCGUCAAUUCUGACAUUUUGCUUGGCAAUAUGCAAUGAUUUUGUCACAAAUGCGAUGACGAGGGGAAGGUUGUUGACGUGUGGUUUGAUUCAACCAGAUGACGUAGUAAAUGCGGUGAUUGGUUGAAAUUGUGGGCCCAGGUUUUUUGUACUGCUGGGUCUGUUUUAUGCAAUAAUAAUGCGAUGAUUUAACUGUUUUAUGCAACAACAAACAAAUUAUUGUAUAUUAAACAGGUCAAUUGCCGAACCUAUUAUUAGGACUGGAAAAUGCCACUGUGCCAGUUUUUUUACAUGACGAGAUUUCAAACAAACGUGCGUUUGACACUUGCGCCGCUUUAACGCCAGCAGAAAAUAGAGCCCUGAUCUAAAUACAGUCGAUGGCACCGUGGCCGUAAAGUACAGACAAGGGAACUUAGACGGAGGGUUUUAUGCACAUCCAAACUGUUCACAGGAGCUGAAUAAAGAUACAAUAUAAAGAGAAUUUCCAUUCGGUUGUACUGCUCACAAAUGUCAUGUUUUUAUAGACAUCAUGGAACCAUCUAACAGAUCAUAUUUGCAUUAGAGCCAUGUAGCCUACGUUCUCACCAUGAACCCGUGGAAGGUGAAUAAUUCUAAUACGUUUGGUUUUUCAUCAAAUUAAACGGAAAACAAUCCAUCUGCUUUGAACAGUUAUUGCUCAAUAUACAGUAAUGUGACUAGAAUGACAUUGUAAACAACAGCCAGCUUUCCGGGACAUAUGGGCAGAAAACUUAAAUUCUUGUUCAUCUAACUGCAGUGUCCAAUUUGACAGAGCUUGGAAGAUUUUUAAAAUAAUAAAUGGGUAAAUGUUGCACAAUCCAGGUGUGGAAAGCUCUUUAAGACACGGCUGUAAUCGCUGCCAAAGGUUACAAAGUAUAGACUCAGGGGUGUGAAUAUUUCUGUAUUUCAUUUUUCAUUGAUCAACAAACAUUUCUAAAAACAUGUUUUCACUUAUUGUGGGGGUGUAUUGUGUGUAGAUGGGUGAGAAGAAAUAUAAUUGGAAUCCAUGUUGAAUUCAGGCUGAAACACACAAUAAAAUGUGUAAUAAGUCAACGUGCAUAAAUACUUUCUGAAGGGACUUAAUGAGGGCAAAAAAACUCAAUUAUUUCAAAGCAGUAGACCAUUUAUAAACAUUUCACUCAUAGGUUAGUUGUCUCUCUCUCUCUCUCAAUUUAAAUGUAAGGGGCUUUAUUUGCAUGGGAAACAUGCCAAUAAAUAAAAUAAAAUAGAUAAUCAACAAAAGUUAAAUGAACAAUAAAAAAUGAACAGUAAAUGUUACACUCACAAAACAUCCAAAGGAAUAGAGACAUUUCAAAUGUCACAUUAUGUCUAUAUACAGUGUUGUAACGAUGUGCAAAUAUUUAAAGUACAAAAGGGAAAAUAAAUAAGCAAAAAUAUGGGCUAUAUUUACAAUGGUGUUGGGGUUUACUGGUUGCCCUUUUCGUAACAGGUCACACAUAUCAGGUAUGAAGGUAAGACAGAUGCAGAUGUCAAAUAAACAACAGGUUAAUAAUCCAACAGGGGCAAUAGACAGGUCAAGGCAGGCAGGGGUCAGUAACCAGAGGUGGGGCAACGGUACCGGGCGGCAGGCAGGGGUCAGUAACCAGAGGUGGGGCAACGGUACCGGGUGGCAGGCAAUAGACAGGUCGAGGCAGGCAGGGGUCAGUAACCAGAGGUGGGGCAACGGUACCGGACGACAGGCAGGGGUCAGUAACCAGAGGUGGGGCAACGGUACCGGGCGGCAGGCAGGGGUCAGUAACCAGAGGUGGGGCAACGGUACCGGGUGGCAGGCAAUAGACAGGUCGAGGCAGGCAGGGGUCAGUAACCAGAGGUGGGGCAACGGUACCGGGCGGCAGGCAAUAGACAGGUCAAGGCAGGCAGGGGUUGGUAACUAGAGGUGGGGCAACGGUACCGGGCGGCAGGCAAUAGACAGGUCAAGGCAGGCAGGGGUCGGUAACCAGAGGUGGGGCAACGGUACUGGAUGGGAGGCAAUAGACAGGUCAAGGCAGGCAGGGGUCGGUAACCAGAGGUGGGUCAACGGUACCGGGCGGCAGGCAGGGUCAGGGUAAGGCAGGGGUCGGUAACCAGAGGUGGGGCAACGGUACCGGGCGGCAGGCAGGGGUCGGUAACCAGAGGUGGGGCAAUGGUACCGGGCGGCAGGCAGGGUCAGGGUAAGGCAGGGGUCGGUAACCAGAGGUGGGGCAACGGUACUGGGCGGCAGGCAGGCUCAGGGUCAGGGUAAGGCAGGGGUCGGUAACCAGAGGUGGGUCAACGGUACCGGGCGGUAGGCAGGCUCAGGGUCAGGGUAAGGCAGGGGUCGGUAACCAGAGGUGGGGCAACGGUACCGGGCGGCAGGCAGGGUCAGGGUAAAGCAGAGGUCGGUAACCAGAGGUGGGGCAACGGUACCGGGCGGCAGGCAGGCUCAGGGUCAGGGUAAGGCAGGGGUCGGUCACCAGAGGUGGGGCAACGGUACCGGGCGGCAGGCAGGCUCAGGGUCAGGGUAAGGCAGAGGUCGGUAACCAGAGGUGGGGCAACGGUACCGGGCGGCAGGCAGGCUCAGGGUCAGGGUAAGGCAGAGGUCGGUAACCAGAGGUGGGGCAACGGUACCGGGCGGCAGGCAGGGUCAGGGUAAGGCAGGGGUCGGUAACCAGAGGUGGUGCAACGGUACCCGGCGGCAGGCAGGCUCAGGGUCAGGGUAAGGCAGGGGUCGGUAAUCCAGACGGGGGCAAACGUACCGGGCGGCAGGCAGGCUCAGCGGAAACACAUCUGGCUGCUGUGAUGUCACACUGUGGUAUUUCACCCAGUAGAUACGGGAGCUUAUCAAAAUGUGAUUUUUGGGGGAAUUCUUUGUGGGUCUGUGUAAUCUGAGGGAAAUAUGUGCCUCUAAUAUUGGCAUACAUUUGGCGAGAGGUUAGGAAAUGCAGCUCAGUUUCCACCUCAUUUUGUGGGCAGUGAGCACAUAGCCUUUCUCUUGAGAAUCUUGAGAGCCUUGUCUGCCUACGGCGGCCUUUCUCAAUAGCAAGGCUAUGCUAUGCUGAGUCUGUACAUAGUCAAAGCUUUCCUUAAUUUUGGGGCAGUCACAGUGGUCAGGAAUUCUGCCACUCUGUACUGUCUGUUUAGGGCUAAAUAGCAUUCUCAGUUUUUUUUGUUAAGUCUUUCCAACGUGUCAAGUAAUACUUUUUACUUUAAUUUUCUCGUGAUUUGGUUGGGUCUAAUUGUGUUGCUAUUCUGGGGAUCUUUUUGUGAAUUAUUGGUUGGUCAGUGGACCCCAGACCUCACAACCAUAGAGGGCAAUGGGUUCGACAACCGAUUGAAGUAUUUUUUGCCAGAUUCUAAUUGGGAUGUCGAUUUUUAUGUUCCUUUUGAUGACUUAAUGAUGCCAUUCUUGUCUUAUCUCUUAGAUCGUUCACAGCAUUGUUGAAGUUACCUGUGUUGUUGAUGUUUAGACCGAGGUAGGUGUAAUUCUUUGUGUGCUCUAGGGCAACAGUGUCUAGAUGGAAUUUGGAUUUAUUGUUUUGGCUACUGGACCUUUUUUGGAACACCAUUAUUUUUGUCUUACUAAGAUUCACUGUCAGGGCCCAGGUCUGACAUAAUCUGUGCAGAAGAUCUAGGUGCUGCUAUAGGCCCUCCUUAGUUGGGGAUAGAAACACCACAUCAUCAGCAAACAGUAGACAUUUAAUUUCUGAGUCCAGUAGGAUGAGGCCGGGUGCUGCAGACUGUUCUAGUGCUUAUUGAUAUAUAUGUUGAAGAGUGUGGGGCUCAAACUGCAUCCCUGUCUCACCCCACGGCUCUGAGGAAAGAAACGUCCGUUUCAAAGAAACACACACUUGUUGUUUGUGUACAUUGAUUUUAUAAUAUCUUAUGUCCCCCCCCCCCCCCAAAAAGAAACCUGCUUCCAUCAAAUUAUAUAGCAGACCCGUAUGACAUAUUGAGUCAAAAACCUUUUUGAAGUCAACAAAGCAUGAGAAAAUGUGUUUUGUUUGGUUUGUUUGUCAAUAAAGGUGUGCAGGGUGUA